UUGUUAAGGGUGUAUAUGUAAAUAGGUUUUGAUAUUUUUAUACUAUUGUCUAUGUCUAGUCUUAAGUUCUUUUUUAAUUCCAUAUUUAAAUUCGAAUGUAUUUUUGACUGUUUAUAUUGUUGUAUGUCAAUUCGCAAAAUAAAUCCAUCGAAACUAGUCGACUGCCUGGUUUAUUGAUUAUUUUCCACUCUAUUAGCUAUCGAGAUUCCCUCUUCUUUAUUUGGUCCUUCUCCCUCACUCAUGAUCUUGCGAUCUACUAAAACCAAGCAGUCGGCUAAAAGUGCUAAAAUGACGCGCUCGGAAACGGGUACCCCUGCCACGGGUAGGCUCGGCCAGUCCAAAAAGUUGGACCACGGUGCGGCCGACGCCACCGUACCACCCGCGGCUUCCGACCCGCAAAUCCCCGGGACGUCUCGCGAGUGCCUCACAACCGGCACCAGCGCCGAACAAGUUAAUGUUCCCCUCAGUUGCAGGUCUCGCGCUUCGGGCUCUACGCGAUCAUCGGCCACGAUCAGGGCACGACGAUUGACCGCGGAGGCCCACUUGGCCCGCAAAAGCAUAGAAAGGGAACAAGAGCUCUUUCAACGCGAGCGCGAAAGCCUCGACAACCAACGGAAACUCCUUGAGCAGGUUAAACAGGUAGAACAGCUUGAACUUGAAGCGAAAAUAGCCGCCUUAGAAGCCGAGGAGCGAUCCAAUCACACGAAAAUACGGCGCGUCUACAUAACGCACUCCGCGGGCCCGCCCGGGAGGCCGUCGCCUCUUUACUCAAUACCGCAGCAGCUUCCGAAGACAUAAUGGCAGCACUCGAACGUACAUUUGCUUGUCCCGAAAUGAUUGUCUUCGGCGAAGUUCAGAUUUUGAAAACGCUGCCUCGGCUCGGGCCUGACCUAAAGGAGAUAGGUAUUUUCGCUAAUAAGGUACGCAAUUCUUUGUCUACUAUGAAAUUACUCGGCCUACGAGAAUAUUUACAAUCGCCGGAGCUGUUUCAUAAUAUUCUAGGAAAAUUUAACCCUUUAAUGAAAAUGAGAUGGUCUGAUUAUGCGUCAGAUUUGUCAGAAACGUCAAACCAUCUCAAGUCAAAGUUAGAACUUUUAUCUGAUUUUCUAACGCGUGAACACGAACGCUAUAUUAAAUUCGCUUUAUCACCAGAAGUAGGGCUUUCUACGUCUAUACCGCAACAAUCACGAGUACAUUUUCCAAUGAAUAAACCAUUUAAACGUGAAAAUAUACAUGCCGUUACUCAUGACAAAAAUAAAACAACUGGUAAGAUAGUGUGUUUAUUGUAAAAAAUCCCACAAUAUUAAAAACUGUACUGAAUUUACGUCGUUAUCUGUUGACGAUAGGUGGCGUUGGUUGCGUGAACACAAAGUUUGUUAUAGAUGUCUAAAAGACAACUCACACCUAUGGAAAUUAUGCAAAAGCAACCCUUGCGGGGUCGAUGGUUGUACUUUUCGACACAACCCUCUUUUGCACGGUAGGCAGAAUACGUUUACAUCACCGCCUACACCCGAUACACGGAUUAAUAACAUCAUUUGCGUUCCUGCGGCUGAAAGUGAUACCCAGCUAACCCAGC